GGCUCGGCUUCUCGAAGGUGAACGGCGUUUCCUCUUCCUCCUCGAUGCGUCUCUUCCUUUUAUAGUUAUUUCUCGCCUGGCACUCGCCCGGGCCGCUGCUGCUGCUGCUGCUGCUGUGCCGCCGCGGCGGGGGCCGCUCGCAAACCUGUGGCGGUGACGUGAGACCGGCCAACCCGGAAACGGCGGCGGCGGCACCGGAGGCUCCGAGGCUCCUGCGCUCCAGCGCCCGCGGCCGCGCUCCCCUCGCCGCUCGCCCGGGCCGCCAGGAGAAGAAACUGAAGCCUGGAGUUUCAGUAAUUUGUUCAAGGUUACCAAGUUGAUAGAGGGACAAGAACAGAAUCACCAGCACUGGCUGAAGGUACCUUAACAUGGGGAAUCUUCUUAAAGUUUUGACAUGCACAGACCUUGAGCAGGGGCCAAAUUUUUUCCUUGAUUUUGAAAAUGCCCAGCCUACAGAGUCUGAGAAGGAAAUUUAUAAUCAGGUGAAUGUAGUACUAAAAGAUGCAGAAGGCAUCUUGGAGGACUUGCAAUCAUAUAGAGGAGCUGGCCAUGAAAUACGAGAGGCAAUCCAGCAUCCAGCAGAUGAGAAGCUGCAAGAGAAGGCAUGGGGUGCAGUUGUUCCACUAGUAGGCAAAUUAAAGAAAUUUUAUGAAUUUUCUCAGAGGUUAGAAGCAGCAUUAAGAGGUCUUCUGGGAGCCUUGACAAGUACCCCAUAUUCUCCCACCCAGCAUCUAGAGCGAGAGCAGGCUCUUGCUAAACAGUUUGCAGAAAUUCUUCAUUUUACACUCCGGUUUGAUGAACUCAAGAUGACAAAUCCUGCCAUACAGAAUGAUUUCAGCUAUUAUAGAAGAACAUUGAGUCGUAUGAGGAUUAAUAAUGUUCCAGCAGAAGGAGAAAAUGAAGUAAAUAAUGAAUUGGCAAAUCGAAUGUCUUUGUUUUAUGCUGAGGCAACCCCAAUGCUGAAAACCUUAAGUGAUGCCACAACAAAAUUUGUAUCAGAGAAUAAAAAUUUACCAAUAGAAAAUACCACAGACUGUCUAAGCACCAUGGCUAGUGUGUGCAGAGUCAUGCUUGAAACACCGGAAUAUAGAAGCAGAUUUACAAAUGAAGAAACAGUGUCCUUCUGCUUGAGGGUAAUGGUGGGCGUCAUAAUACUCUAUGACCAUGUACAUCCAGUGGGAGCAUUUGCCAAAACUUCAAAAAUUGAUAUGAAAGGUUGUAUCAAAGUUCUUAAGGACCAACCUCCUAAUAGUGUAGAAGGUCUUCUCAAUGCUCUCAGGUACACAACAAAACAUUUGAAUGAUGAGACUACCUCCAAGCAGAUUAGAUCCAUGCUGCAGUAACAGUUCUGGAAUAAGCACCUGCUGUAGACAGAAGACAGUAUUCUGCAGUGGCUGAGAAUGCACAGUUUUUAGUGAUUGCAAUUCCUAUCUCAUUUACUCUUGCUUUUUAUUUCUUUCCUCUGUUCCUCUCCCUCUUUUUUUAAUCAUGUUCUUGUUCUUAAGACUUCUUUUCUGUGCCAAAAUCAGUAAAGUUAUACUCCGAAGGGAUAUUGUCCUUUCACACAGGCCAUCUAAGGCAGCUAAUUAUGCAUUGCAUUGGGGUCUCUACUGAGAAAAAUUCUGUGACUUGAACUAAAUAUUUUUAAAUGUGGAUUUUUUUGAAAACUAAUAUUUAAUAUUGCUUCUCCUGCAUGGCAAAACUGCCUAUUCUGCUAUUUAAAAACCCUCGAUGACUUUAUUUUCUACUGCCGCUUUUUUCAUGUGCAGCCAAAAUGAAAAUGUUUAAAUUAACUGUGUUGUACAAAUGGUACCCAACACAAACUUUUUUUAAAUUAGUAAGACUUUUGUUUAAAGUUUUAAGUUUGCAUUUUGACUUUUUUUGUAAGGAUGUAUGUUGUGUGUUUAACCUUUAUUAACUAACGUUAAAAACUGUGAUGUGUGCGUAGAAUAUUACGUAUGCAUGUUCAUGUUUAAAGAAUGGCUGUUGAUGAUAAAAUAAAAAUCAGCUUUCAUUUUUCUAA